AUGUUAAGAUUUAGUUUAUUAGCAAUACAUCGUCCAUGUCUUGUCAAUACAUUAGUUCGACGAACACUAUUCGGUCGAAGUAGUUCAACAGAAAAAAUAAAAGAUGAUUUCGAUGGAGAAAUCAUUGAGCAACCAGACUCAAUACCACAAUCUGCUAUUCCAACAAUUUCUGAAUUAGCUUCUUAUAAAACAAAAAACUAUGUUACACGUUUAGUCACUUGUCGUCCAUAUACACCGCCAUCCAAUGUUGAACAAAUUAUUUCUCGAAUAGCGAAUGAAACUAUUGAUAAUUUCAAAGAAGGAACUCGUUCAAAUGAUAAUUGGAAAUCGAUAUAUCUAAAGAAUCCUCUGAGUAAAUAUAAUCUAUUAACACGUUGCAUGAAAGAAUGUUCUCAUACGGUAUCAAAUAUGACAUUAAAUGAUAUUAAAACAUUAGAAGAUGUUUAUCAAUAUUUUUCAACAUCUGUUAAUGAUACAAAUGUACUAGAAGAUUUACAACAAUCAUCAGAAUUACCUAAAAAUGUUCAUAUACAAUUAGAUGCUGUUCGUUUUACACCUGAAACAAGUACAUUUUUUAAUGAACUUGAUGCAUUUCCAAAACGAUCGACCAAAAUUAUUGAUUUAUGGUAUAAGAAAAAAUAUGCAUCUUAUCCCAAAAAUGAAGAAGAUCCAUUUAAAGAUAAUAUUUACUGA